AAUUCAACUGGAAAUCUGGUACGAGACACAUUCAGCACUGCAUUUACAAAGAAUUUCAUUUUGGUGGGAGUGUGGCUUAUCCUGAGCUACAUCAAUGGUAGUGUACUGGCUACCUUCUUCAGUAACCAAAUAUUUUAUGGGGACCCUCGCUAUAUUCUCUUUAUUCACAUGGUAAUAAAUGAUGCAGUGCAGCUGACUGUCACAGUGGCCCUGUUCAUAGUAAGUUACAUUUACUAUUCCAUCAAUGUAUCUGUCUGCUGUUUUUUUAUUCUCGUGGCUGUAUUUACCACACGAAACACAGCUGUAAACCUAGCUGGGAUGGCUAUUGAGCGCUACAUUGCCAUAUGUGAACCUUUACGUCAUGCUCAGAUUUGCACUGUACAGCGCACUUAUUUUUUCAUUGGCUUUAUCUGGUUUAUCUGUGUAGUACCUGACAUCACUGACCUCUUUAUAACCCUGGCUACGGAACCAAUCGGCUUCUUCCAUAGUUCUGUGAUGUGUCUGCGCCAAAACAUCUUUAAAGACCCAGUGCUUCUGUACAAGAGGCAGGCCUUUGAUGCAAUUUAUUUCUCUUUGGUCUUUCUCACACUAAUCUACACAUACCUAAAGAUUCUGUUUGCAGCCCGGGCCAUUUCUAGUGAGAAAACAUCAAUCCAAAAGGCAAGAAACACUAUUUUGCUUCAUGGAGUUCAACUUCUCAUGUGUAUGCUCUCUUAUAUUUCUCCCAGUGUUGAGGUCAUCCUAAACAUGAUCUUCCCUGGGCGUAUUCUGGAGAUCCGUUAUGCUAACUAUCUCAUUGUUUACAUCAUGCCACGUUUUCUAAGUCCAAUCAUAUACGGAGUCCGUGAUCAAAAGUUCUGCAGGUAUCUGAGGAGGUACUUUAUAAUUGUUCAGUGUAAAUCCAGCACAAGAGUAUAUGGGCAAGAGGAAGAUAUUUAA